AUGUAUGCGAGAUAUGUGCCUUCGGCAGGCGGAAAGACUUCUAUUGCCCGCCCUGUGCCGGAUCAAACGAAUGCGCCAGCAGUAGAAUCUGCAGAAGACGAUUCAAAGUCGAAAAAGUCGAAACGGAAGAGGGUGGACGCGGACGCGGACGCAGUAAGCGAAUAUACAGAGAAAAAGUCGAAGAAAUCGAAAACGGCGGAUCGAGAACCGGACCAAGAGGCCAAACCUGCGAAGACGAAAACGGACAAGAAGGACAGGAAGGACAGGAAGGACAGGAAGAAGAAGCGAUCGGACAACAAUGAGGAACAAGAUACACGAAAAAGUGAAACAGUCGACGCUGAUGGUGAUGUGGUCAUUGCUGGUACCGAAACAACCGCAAGUCCCGUAAAAAAUAAAACCAAGCGCGAGAAGAAGAAGCGAACCGAAGAGCCAGCUGCCGAGGAGGGCAACGACGACGACCAAAAUGGAAGACACAAGUCUGUUCUCAAACAAAUGGCCAAGUCGUUGAAGAUGGCGAGCGAAGUUGCGGCGAACCAGACGGCCGAGGAGUCUGAAGAAGAAGUCGAACAGCACAGCCUGCAGCCGCUACCCCAGCCCGAGCAGCCGGAGGAGACGGACACCAAACCUACAUAUGAUACCCUGCCUCCCUGGCUCUCCGCUCCCAUCCGCGUUUCGCAAUCGACACGCGCCAGCUUUGCCGACGUGGGCAUUCCCGCCAAGACGGCCGAGGUCCUGCAAUCCAAGGGCUACACCGAGGCAUUCGCCGUCCAGACGGCUGCGAUUCCCCUCUUGCUACCCAACAACAACGGCCUGCCCGGCGAUCUUUUAAUAUCGGCCGCGACCGGGUCUGGCAAAACGCUGGCGUACGCUCUGCCAAUUGUCAGCGACAUCAGCCAGGGUGUGGUGACGAGGCUGCGCGCGCUGGUGGUGCUGCCGACGCGCGAACUGGUGCGCCAAGCGCAGGACGUAUUUGAGCUCUGCUCCAAGGCCUACGAGGGAGGCGACCGGAAGCGCGUGCGCAUAGGCGUCUCCGUCGGUAGCCAGCAGCUCAAGACGGAGCAGGAGACGCUGAUUGAGCGCGAGUCGAGGUACGACCCGGACGCCUACGAAACGAUACUACACCAAAACCUCCAAGCCAAGGGCCUCCCCGCGUCGGCCGACGUCGAUGUCGACGACGAGGACAGGGAUGCGCGUCUGGGCCCGUGGCACGGCGAAGUGAUUGACUUUACUUCGACCGUCGACGUGCUCCUCUGCACGCCCGGCCGGCUCGUGGAGCACCUGGAGCAGACGCCCGGUUUCGCGCUCGACUACGUGCGGUGGCUCGUCGUCGACGAGGCCGACAAGCUGCUCGCGCAGAGCUUCCAGGGCUGGCUGGACACGGUCAGCGCGCGGUUCCGCGCGCCGUCGGCCCUGUACGGCGCGCGCGACUUUCCCGGCAUGCCCUACAGCGGGGUGCGCAAGGUGGUGCUGUCGGCGACGCUGACGCGCGACCUCAGCCUGCUGGGCCCGCUCGCGCUGCGCCGGCCGCGGCUCGUCGUGCUCGACGCCGACGAUGCUGCGGCCGCCGAGGCGCAGGUCUCGGAGCACACACUGCCAGAGGGCCUCCGCGAGUUCGCCACCCGCGUGCACGACGACAACCUCAAGCCGCUGUACCUGCUGGAGCUCCUGCGCGGCGGCCUAAUGACGGCGCAGGAUCCCACAACUCCAGCUGCAGCAGCGCCGGCGGCAGUGGAUGUCGAAGCCGCGUCCGACGAUUCCGACUCGAGCUCGGACACGUCCAGCUCAAGCUCCGAUUCCUCGUCCGACAGUAGCUCCGACUCGGAAUCGGAUUCAGACUCUGACACAAGCUCUGAUUCCGACUCCGACACCAGCUCCGACUCCGACUCCGACACCACCCCUCCCGCGCCCUCGACGCCGCUCCCCACGGCCCUCAUCUUCACCAAGUCCAACGAGUCGGCGCUCCGUCUCUCCCGGCUCCUCGUUCUCCUCGACGGCUCGCUCGGCACGCACAUCGGCACCCUCACGUCCACGACCGCGACCGCGCAGCGCCGACGGACGCUGCGCGCCCUGGCCGACCCCGCGUCCCCGCUGCGCCUCGUCGUCGCCUCGGACCUCGUCGCGCGCGGCAUCGACAUCCCCGGCCUCGCGCACGUCGUCAACUACGACCUGCCGCCGAGCCUGGCCGGCUACGUGCACCGCGUGGGCCGCACCGCGCGCGCCGGUCGUGCCGGCCGCGCCUGGACGCUCGUCGCCGACGCCGAGAGCGGCUGGUUCUGGGGCAAGAUUGCAAAGGGCAGCGGCGUGCGCCGCGCGCGCGCCGUGGAGCGCGCCCGCAUCGAGGAGAUGCCCGAGGAGCGCGUCGCGGCGUAUGAGACGGCGCUGGCGAAGCUGGGCAAGGAAGCGCAUGAGCGGCGGCGGAGGUAG